GAUCCAGUUAAAGUUUCUUCAAGUCCAAAACUCACGACACUUACAGUAUGGAAAAGAUCAAGCAUGAGCUUCCAAGGCACCGAUGGGUUCACAGUGUAUGAUGGCCAUGGACGGCUCGCUUUUCGCGUUGACAACUACUCCAGGAACAACGGCUGGUCCUGUGCCACUAACGAGGCUGCCACCGCCCUGGUCCUCAUGGAUGGAUCCGGCAGACCUUUGUUAACGCUCAAACCCCAGAUUUUCAGUUUUCAAAGUCAGUGGAAUGGUUGUGCAUAUAGAGAAGACCACAAGGGAUCAUCAAACAAGGACAGGACAAUAUUUCUUAUGCGGAGACCAUCAUCAACUUUCUUCGGCCGAACCCGAAACCAAGAAUCACAAUGCGAGGCAGAAGUCUUCUUCAGUCAUCAUACAGAACCAGAGUACCGAAUAGAGGGUUCAUUUUGGAAUCGUAAUAGCAGGAUCAGGAGCAUCGCUAGAGGAGAAGUGGUGGCCAAAAUUAUCAGGAAGCGGGCGAGUGGUGGUAGUUCUAGUAGAACUAUGGUUUUGAGCGAAGAAGUGUUCAGCCUGGUGGUGAGCCCUGGUUUUGACCCUCAACUCAUUAUGGCUUUUGUUGUCAUUCUGGAUCGCAUUUGUUAUAAGCCGUCGUUAUUCACCCCUCUCAUGUGUUCUUAAAUAAAUUGUUACAGACCUUUGUUGGUUGUCAUGUUACU